CAAUUCGGUUACAUUUCGUACGCAACGUCUUGACAAACGAACCUGUUGUGAAACUUAAAAAAAAUAAAAUAAGAGAAAUAAAAUUCUAUGAAAUGUUCGUGACAUCAAAAUUUGGAAAGGUGAAUGGAGAUUUGGCGAAACGAUUAUUUGAAGCACGCUCAGUGACAUUGCUGCAGAAAAAACAGUUUUCACAGAAGGAUGUGAACGUGGAUGAUUUUUUCAAGUUUUAUAAUGAGAGUGGGCAAUUUGAAGACCGGUAUAAGCCACUGAAAGACCGAGAUUAUGACCGGUUUUUAAGCACGAGGGCUUCCCGAAGAGAACCAUCGUUGACGAGACAAAUGACAUCACUAGCCUACAAAGUGGGCAAGGACAUGAUCUCGUUGGCGGAAGGUAUGCCGAAUGAGCAGGUGUUCCCUUACAAGAGGCUGGCUCUAGACACGCGGUUCUCAAGCCUGGUGCUGGAAGGGAAGGAACUUGCUGCCGCAUUGCAGUAUUUGCCGUCACAGGGGCUACCAGCAUUACUGUCAGAACUCCGCAAGUUCCAAUCAGAGGCUCAUCGUCCACCAGAGUUGCCGCGAGACAUCCUCGUGACGAACGGGUCGCAGCAUGGCAUCUACCAAUGCGUGGAACUACUGCUGGAGCCGGGAGAUCCUGUCCUUACCAGCGAGUUCGCUUAUACUGGCUUUCAUGGCGCUCUCAGGCCGUACCAGCCCGAAAUUUUGGGGAUCCCAGAAGAUAAAGAUGGUAUGCUACCAGAGACUUUAGACUCAGUCCUUGCUGACCGGCUCCGACGAGGUCUGAAGAUGCCGAAGAUGCUAUACAUCACACCUACGGGAAGUAAUCCCACUGGGACAGUUCUUCCUGAGGAUAGAAGGAGACGGAUCUAUGAGCUGGCCUGCAAAUAUGACUUCUUGAUCGUGGAAGACGAUCCUUAUAUAUUUUUGAAUUAUUCUGACCAUAACGUUCCAUCAUUCCUAUCCAUGGACACGUGCGGUCGCGUGCUACGUCUAGACUCCGUGUCGAAGGUGGUCAGCGCUGGUCUGCGAGGAGCCUGGAUAACUGCCCCCAAGCCACUGCUGGAGAGGUUGGAACUGCACUCCCAGGUUGAACUGUUGCACUCCUGUACUUUGAGUCAGGCGAUACUCUUAGAACUGGUAAAAAACCGCAAAUCCUUCGCGUCCCACCUGACAUUCGCUCGUGACUUUUACAAGCAACGCCGGGACGCGCUACAUAGUGCACUGAAGCCUCUUCAACGUCUAGCGCCCUUCGAGUAUCCUACCGCUGGCCUGUACUUCUGGCUGAGAGUCAAUGGCGUUGAUGAUGUUUAUAAUAUGGUAUUCCACACAGCUUUCGAGCGUGGGCUCAUGUUGGUACCUGGUCAAGCAUUUUUAUACGAUACUAGCGCCCCCUGUCCAUAUCUGCGGUUAACGUUUAGCAAGAUUCGAGUCGAAGAUAUGGACGCGGCCGUGAGCACGCUAGCUGACGUAAUCCGCUAUGAACAACAGCGAGCCGAACAGAAACCAAAAAGAGUCGCUACUGAAGGAUAGAUGGCGCUGUUUUAAGUUUAUAUUCACUCAGAAUAUUAGUCGUUGUUUUUAGUUAUUAAAUUAAGAUUUUUAAUAGUAAAAAUACCAAAAAAAAUCAACGUAUUUUACGUCACAAAUCUAGAGGAGAAUAAUUUGUAUUGGCAUUUACUAAACUGUCAUCAACUCAAUUAAAUGUCUUAUAGUUAAUUUAAAAUAUCAAAUUAAUGUAGGUAAGUAAUAUUAAUAUAAAACGAUGUGAGUUUAGAUAAAAUAAUGUAUUUAUUGUGAUGAGCAAAGUGUAAUAUUUAUCUCGUAACUACUACUACUUAAUUAAUUCUUAAGAUAAAAAAAGUGUUUUAUAAUUUAUUUUAAGUCUCUUUAUAGUAAACGAUUUACUAAGUACGUAAUAUAAUUAAAUAAUGUAAAAAUACUUAAACUAUAUUUUCUUAAAAUGUACUUACGUAAUUAAUUAAACAUGGUGCAGCUACUGGUCGCUAGAUGUCGCAGCGUGCGACGUUUUAUUUAAAAUAUCAUGAAUAGGAGCCGAUGCUGUAAAUAAGAUAAACAGAACUUUUGUUAAUAAAAGGAAUUAAAAUUA